AUGGAGAACAUGAUGCAGGGCAAUAAGAUCAGACGAGUUGCAGCUACUCGCAUGAAUGAGAGGUCAUCUCGAUCACACACGAUUUUCCGGAUUAUUCUGGAGUCGAAAGAUGCCAAUCAGAAAGAUGGACCUGUACAUAUAAGCUACCUUAACUUAAUGGACUUAGCUGGUUCUGAGAGAGUUUCUCUGACGAAAGCUGCUGGUGAGCGUCUUAAAGAGGGGGCUAACAUAAACAAAUCUUUGUCAGUAUUAGGAAAUGUGAUAAGGCAACUAAGCGAGGGGAAGGAGUUUAUCAGUUAUCGCGAUUCGAAAUUGACUAGACUGCUCUCACAGGCUCUUGGCGAUGUAUAUGGAUCUGUAGUAAAACCUUUAGUCGAUUCCUUCAUGGAAGGUUUCAAUGCCACAAUAUUUGCAUAUGGCCAACAUCUUCUGGCAAAACACACACCAUUUUGGGCAAUAAAACAGAUCCUGGGCUUUUCCCAAUUAGUAUCCAAUCAUUAUUCCAGCAUGUGGCAGACAGGUUUUAAGAGGUACUUGAUUAGAUGCAGUUAUAUUGAAAUCUACAAUGAAAAGAUCAAUGACCUCCUGGAUAAGAGCAAUCAGGGUUUAACUAUGAGAAGAUAUCAAGGAAAUGUGCUGCUUGAUGCAAGGGAAGCUGUCGUAGACAAUGUUGAUUAA